CGAGAAUCGGCCCAGACGUCGAGUGGCACUUUUGGCAGACACUUCGCAAGGUGGGAUGAGAAUUGAGAAAAUGAUCCAGUCAUAAAAUCUGUCCUAUCACCAUACACGUCCACAGCGGCUGAAGCACGCUUAACAUUUGACUCUUAUCCCUCACUAGUGUGCAGCUUGCCGACGGGAGUCAUCUGCGUUUGCUUAUGUCCUCUGUUUUUUCUUCCAGUCUCUCUAUACUCUCAUUAAAAGCAUGUUAUACACUGACUCACCAGCCUUUUUCCGAACCACAUCAUGACCUCUGAUUUUAUGUCGAAUGGUGUAGACUGCCCGACCCCUCUCACAUCUGCGACUCCUCUCACAGACAGGACAAAUUCACCCAGGACAAGUUCCACCAAUGUCCUAAAGUUUGGCGGGACCAGUGUAGGCAAGUUCCCACUGGAUAUAGUAAAUGUGGUCAAGUCGAGCUCAGUCGACAACGAUGUCGCUAUUGUUUGCUCAGCGAGAUCGAGCAACACCAAAGCUGCGGGUACCACGAACCGUUUACUACGAGCCGCGGCCGAAGCAGAAAACCACAAACAGUUUAAACAUUUAAUUGAGGAGGUACGGCAAGACCACAUUGAGACGGCCGAAUUCUACAUCAAGUCAGAGCAAAUCUGUUCAAGGUUAAAAUCGGAGGUCGAAGAAGAAUGUUCGUUAGUGGUACGAAUACUGGAGGCUGCUCAAACGCUGGGCGAGACCAGCCCCAGAUCAAGGGACAAGGUCAUGAGUACUGGUGAAAAACUGAGCUGCCGAUUCAUGACCGCACUAUUACAAGACCGAGGCGUGGAUGCUGAAUAUAUCGACCUCGCCGACAUUAUCGACUUCAAAGUGUCACAUUCCCUGGAUCAGCAUUUCUACGACAAUGUGGCCAGGAGACUCGGGGAGAAAUUGUACAACAUGGCCGGCAAAGUCCCCGUCAUCACAGGAUACUUCGGUUCUAUCCCUCGUGGCUUGCUUACGACUGUAGGAAGGGGGUAUACCGACCUCUGCGCCGCCCUGGUUGCUGUCGGGAUCAAGGCGAAGGAGCUGCAGAUAUGGAAGGAAGUAGAUGGCAUUUUCACAGCUGACCCCCGCAAAGUUCCUACGGCCAAGUUGAUUCCUCAAAUCAGCCCUGCAGAAGCGGCCGAGCUUACCUUUUAUGGAUCUGAGGUCAUCCAUCCUUCCACCAUGGACCAGGUCAUACGCGCCCGAAUACCUAUACGAAUCAAGAAUGUCAUGAACCCAAGAGGCGGUGGCACGGUCAUCUACCCUGAUACCCCGACCGAGCUGGAUUCGGCUUUGGCGGGUCACGACCCGAAGCUGUUUCGCUCGCGUAGCUCGACCCUUUUGUCGGAGCAAAGGAAGCCAAAGCGCCCGACGGCGGUGACCAUGAAGCACAAGAUCUUGGUGAUGAAUAUCCAUUCCAACAAACGAUCGCUCUCGCACGGCUUCUUUGCAGGUAUCUUUGCCACCCUGGACAAGUGGCGACUGUCAGUUGAUGUGAUUUCCACCAGUGAGGUCAACAUGUCCAUGGCCCUGCACUCGGAAGCACCACUGUACACUGGUGGCGGUGACGACGAGUACCAGAUUGUGGACCAAGACCUGCGUGGAGCAAUUGAGGAGCUCCAACGCUAUGGCACCGUUGACAUCAUCCCCGAGAUGGCCAUUGUCAGUCUUGUUGGGAAGCAGAUGAAGAACAUGGUGGGUAUCGCGGGAAGGAUGUUCUCGACGCUCGGGGAGAACAAUGUGAACAUUGAGAUGAUAUCACAAGGUGCGAGCGAGAUCAACAUCUCUUGCGUGAUCGAAGAGCGCGAUGCGGACCGGGCGUUGAACAUCCUGCACACCAAUCUCUUCACUUUCUUAGAAUCAUGAAUGACCAGGCGCAACUUUCUGAGCGAUUUCAGCGACAUAAAUAGCAUAUCGGACAUUUGGACAUCAGAUACAGGAUAUAAAAUGGCGUUUGGUUGACGGACGGUACGCUCCUGGGUCGGACAUCUAUCAAAACCACAUGCGUCAAUUACUGUCAAGAAAUUUAACGGGGCAAAAAAAUAUAGUGAAAAUGGUUGAUUUGAGGUGCUCCACGACAAUUGUAUGAGAUGAUGUCGAAGGCUUACGCACUUGGCCUGGUGGAAUGAUUUGAAGUGCAUAGAAUUCAAUAGGCCUCUGCCGGUGACAGCUGUCAUUCGGAAGUUUAGACAUUCUAUCUUACGUUCACAUCAGUCGGACCUGCAUGACAAGUUUGUCGUCCGAGACAUACGGCUGAUCUAUGGGGACUGACAGCGGCUGCAAUCAGGUGAGAAGACGUUGGCAAUUUCUCUCCGUGUCGGGGAAAAAGAGCUUGACGUGAUGGCGGACCAGAGAAGACCACUUCAGUAGUAAGCCUCCGAAUGGUGGCAGUGCAAAGCACAGGCACAUGCAAUCAGUACGAGUACAGUACGCAGUCCUCAUGCAAUGUGCAAUGGCGCUGGAUGUGACCGUUUCAUAAAAGUACGAGUGCCAGUGGGCAAGUCUCAUCGAAUUGGAAAGUUGGAUAGCGGCGGAAGCGAAUGAAUUGCUG